AGUCCUGAUACACCAGUAAACCUCGGCAUUGUAUAUCUCAAGUGAUAAGUAUCGCUCGGGACCACCCGUAGUGUCUCCCCAGAGGCAUUCCCCAUCUUACCUGUGCAGCCCAAUCGGACGCUUGUCCAUUUACUCCGCCGCCACUCCAAAACAUUUUUUUCCGCAGUUGUUGGAGUAUCGCAGUUUCUGUGAAAUUUCGCAUUUACCAAACGCUGGCGGUGGAGGAGGUUUUGGAUUGUUAUAAGCCAUGGAGACACAAUCGAAUCGCCCUCAUCGGGCCUCGAAAGAGAAGAAGAAGCCGCAAAGGGGCGAGAAAAAUGUCAAGGCCUUUGCCGUUGCCAAUCCUGGCCGCCUGGCAAAGCAGGCCGUCCGAUCGAGCGACAUCAAGGAAAAAAGACUCCAUGUGCCUCAAGUCGACCGCAUUCCCGAAGAAGCCCCUCCUAUCGUCGUCGGUGUUGUCGGUCCCCCUGGUGUCGGCAAGACGACCCUCAUCAAAAGUCUCAUCAAACGAUACUCCAAACAGAGCCUCUCGCAUCCUACCGGACCUCUGACUGUAGUGACCUCGAAACGACGACGUCUGACUUUUCUAGAAUGUCCCUCCGACUCACUUGCGGCCAUGAUUGACGUCGCGAAGAUUGCCGACAUUGUUCUACUUAUGAUCGAUGGAAAUUACGGUUUCGAGAUGGAGACGAUGGAGUUCCUCAACGCCCUCAGUGUGUCCGGUAUGCCGGGCAAUGUUUUUGGCAUCCUGACGCAUUUGGAUCUUUUCAAGAAACAAAGUACACUACGGAUGGCGAAGAAGAGGUUAAAGCAUAGGUUUUGGUCGGAACUAUACCAAGGAGCAAAAUUAUUCUACCUGUCCGGCGUGAUCAAUGGACGGUAUCCGGAUCGAGAGAUUCACAAUCUGUCGCGGUUUCUGUCAGUCAUGAAGAACCCCAGACCUCUGAUCUGGAGGAACAGUCACCCGUAUUGUCUGGCAGACCGGUUCCUCGAUGUGACAACUCCAACUCAGAUUGAAGAGAACGAGAAAUGUGAUCGACAAGUCGCACUCUACGGCUAUCUGAGGGGGACUAACUUCCCUGCUGAAGGAGCCAGAGUUCACGUACCCGGUGUGGGCGACCUGACGGUCAAGGAAAUCGAAGCACUACCCGAUCCGUGUCCGACGCCGUUCCUCGAUCAAGCUAUUGCCAAAGCAACGGGGAAAACAUCACGGCGGAAAUUGGGCGAAAAGCAGAAAAUUCUGUUUGCACCAAUGUCUGACGUUGGUGGAGUGUUGGUGGAUAAAGAUGCCGUCUACAUCAAUAUCAAAACAAACACGUUCGACCGGGAUGCGGAAGACGCCGAGGAAAGAGGUUUGGGCGAACAACUCGUAAUGGGUCUUCAAGGGGAAAGAAGACUGUUGGGAGAAAAUGAAGAGGGCGUUAGGCUUUUCCAAGGCGGUAGAGAACUAACUGGCGUCGAGAAUGGCGAGAACGAUAUGGGCCGGACUGCAAAGAGGGGGAUAAGGUCAUUCGGCCAGAAUGACAACUUUGACGAUGCCGAUGGAGACGACGUCGACGAAGGUUUUGUCAGCGGAGAAGACGCUGCAGAUGAUGAUAGUGCAGAUGACGAUGUAAACGACUUUCCCGAGCAUACUGGUCGACCUGGUAUCGUAGAAGAGGAAGAAUUGGGCGACGGAGGCGCAGAUGAUUUGGAGUUCGCCGAGAGUGACUCUGAUAUGGGGUCUCUAUCUGGGGAUGAGGACGCCGAUCCAGCUUUGGAUGCUGACGAUUCCGAGUACGACGAUGGAGAAGAUGAUGGUGGACUGCGAUGGAAGGAGAAUCUUGCCGAGAACGCUCGGAAGCUGCAUACUAGCAAGGUUGCAUUCCGUGCUGCGGACCUCUCCAAACUCAUGUACAACACGACGCUGGCCACAGCAGAGGUGCUCUCGAAAUGGCGAGGAGAACGCGUCUCCACUGCUGGCGAACAGGAAGGCGACGAAGAAGACAAUUUCUUCAAGAAAUCGAAGACCGAGCAAGAGGAAGAAUCCGAGGACCGACAAGCACCGCGAUACGAUUACGCAGCAUUGGCUAAGAAAUGGGAAGAUGAAGAGUACAUCCAAACCAUUAUGCCCCGGUUCACCAGAAAGUCACUUGCCACAGGAGCGAACGCCGACUCCGAAGGUGAUGAUGAUGAUGACCUCGACGAAGAUGCAGGCGAUGAGUCAGACGAGGGAGAUGGUGACUUCGAGGAUCUGGAGGCAGCGGCUAAAGAAGAUUCUACGGACAAAUCUGAGGUGACCUUGGAAGAAGAACGCGCACGAAAUGCCAAACGUAAAGAAGAGCUCAAGCUGCGGUUUGAAGAAGAAGAUCGCGAGGGAUUCGCCAAUGGCAAAAGUGAAGUCAAAGCCACGGAGCAAGAAUUUGGAGAGGACGACUGGUACGAUGCUCAGAAGGCGAUGCUUCAGAAACAGCUCGACAUCAAUCGAGCAGAGUUCGACAGCCUCGACCCGAUGGCUAGGGCCAGAGCAGAGGGAUUCAAAGCUGGAACAUAUGCACGAAUUGUACUGGACAAGGUUCCCUACGAGUUUGUUCGAUCGUUCAAUCCCAGGCUUCCUGUGAUAGUGGGAGGGCUGGCACCCACGGAGGAUCGGUUUGGAUACGUGCAGAUCCGCAUCAAGCGACACCGAUGGCACAAGAAGAUUCUGAAGACGAACGACCCUCUUAUCUUCUCGUUGGGUUGGCGCAGAUUCCAGACCAUGCCUAUGUAUUCCAUUUCCGACUCACGAACCCGAAAUCGAAUGCUCAAAUACACGCCUGAACACAUGCACUGCUUUGGCACGUUCUAUGGACCGCUUGUGGCGCCCAAUACUGGCUUUUGCUGCGUGCAGUCAUUCUCAAAUUCCAACCCUGGCUUUCGAAUAGCAGCUACGGGCGUUGUCUUGAAUGUGGAUGAGACGACCGAAAUUGUCAAGAAGCUCAAGCUUACAGGCCAUCCUUACAAGAUUUUCCGCAACACGGCCUUCAUUCGCGACAUGUUCAACUCAUCACUCGAAAUUGCCAAAUUUGAAGGGGCCAGCAUCAAGACGGUUUCUGGCAUCCGAGGUCAAAUCAAGCGAGCUCUCGCCAAACCGGAGGGACAUUUCCGAGCAACCUUUGAAGACAAGAUUCUCAUGUCGGACAUUGUUUUCUUACGAGCUUGGUUUGCGGUCAAGCCACACCGCUUCUACAACCCCGUCACCAACCUCCUCGAUGCUCCUCCUAGUUCGACUUUGGAGGAAGGACAGCGAGUGGACGAUGGAUCAGGCGGAUGGCAGGCCAUGCGCCUUACCGGUGCUGUUCGAGCAGCCAUGGGCAUUCAGACUCCGCUGGUCAAGGAUUCGGCCUACACCAAGAUUGAACGACCAACACGGCAUUUCAACCCCUUGAGAGUACCUCGUGCUCUUGCCGCCGACCUUCCGUUCAAAUCACAGAUCACGCAGCAGAAAGCACGAAAGGCUCCAUCGUACCUACAGAAGCGGGCGGUUGUGUUGGGUGGCGAAGAAAAGAGAGCACGAGAUCUAAUGCAGAAACUGCAGACGUUGAGGGUUGAGAAGGCCGAGAAGCGUGCCAAGAAGAAGGAGGAGAGUCGGGCAGUGUACCGUAAGAAAGUUGCUGAGAAUCUCGAGAAGAAAGCAGAGCGUGAGAAGAGAGAGCGCGAUGAGUUUUGGCAGAAAGAAGGUCGGAAACGUAAAGGUGGAGAGGAUGGUGGUGGAGGGAAACGAUCGAGACGGUCAUGAGAUGUUGUUUAGGCAUGUGGUAGAUAUGAUACCCCCAAAAGGAUGUAAUGAAUGCUUUCUCAAUGAGUAUCAAGCCUGCUGACUGGCCUGAAGUGCAUUCUGUGAUGAGAUUUGUUGUUGGUCGCCUCCUGGUACGGUCCUUUGCAGUAGAUGCAUGUCGUUAGCGAGUGAAAAUUUGAAGGCUGGGCGCGCACUGCACCGAGGAGUUGACCGACACGGCAGGGAAUAAAAGGCGCGUGCAGCAAUAAGAAGCAAUAAAGAGCA